AGUAUAAAACAAAACAGCUAGUCUAACCAUUAAUAGAACAAUGGAAUUAAAACAAGUUGGUGCUUCUGUUGUGCUAUUUCUUGCACUUGUGCUGGCUGAAGCACUAGAACCAAGUGUGGGGAAAAUUAAAGGUUUCGUAGAAACACCCUUGCUGCAGUAUGAGUCUGUUUCCAUCCACAGUGUAACUGCGGAAUGCAACGAGACCUCAGUGUAUGUAGAAGUGAAGAAAGAUCUGUUGGGAUUUUUGCUUGGUAACUCCAUCAGCAUUUCUGCUAUCACCCUGGGAAGCUGUUCUGCUAAAAAGGAUGAUUUUUCAUCACAAAUCCUUAUCUAUGAAGCUGAACUGGAUGGCUGUGACAGCAAGAUGACCGUGACUGAAGAUGAACUGGUCUAUGUCUUUACUCUCGGGAUUACUUCAGAGCCUUCAACUAGUGAUCCCAUUUCAAUUGAAUGUCACUACCCAAGAUUUCGUGAUCACAGAAGUUCUGUGGUUCCCAAGGAUCCUUCGGAAGCUGCUGAGGAACCUUUUCUUUUCUCCUUGAGGCUUAUGAUGGAUGAUUGGAUAUCUGAAAGACCAUCCAAGAAGUACUACCUGGGUGAGCUUAUAAAUAUCGAGGCAUCAGUACUGCCGUUCAACAGUGUCCCCCUGCGUGUCCUUGCAGAUGGCUGUGUUGCCACUGCAGUCCCUGACCUCAAUGCAGUCCCCAGAUAUUCCUUCAUUGAAAAUUAUGGGUGUUUGAUUGAUGCCAAGUUUACGCAGUCCAAUUCCCACUUCAUGCCCCAAAUUGAAGCGGCAAAGCUGAGGCUUCAGCUGGAUGCCUUCAUGUUUCAAGAAGGGAAUGGUAGCUUGGUCUAUGUUACAUGCUUCUUGAAGGCUAGAGCUGAAUCUGCUUCUCCUGAUGCUCUGCACAAGGCUUGCUCCUUCUCUGACGACAGAUGGACUGCUGUGUAUGGUGCUGACCAGGUGUGUAGCUGCUGCGACAACAACUGCAGCUUGUGGAAGGAACCGGAUCAAUCGGGACGGCAGCAGGCAACACAAGUAAUGCUUGGCCCGAUCAUAGUUGAGAAUGACUUUGACUUGUUUUGAAAUAAAAUGUUACAAAAG